AUGAGCGGAGGUGGAAUGGAGUCAGUAGCCAGGCCACCUUCAAACAUGGGCAAUGGACCAAACGGGCAGCACGCAAAGGAGCGGUGUGGGAACUUUCAGAUGCCUUUGCACUACCCAAAAUACACCCGAGCCGAAUAUGAGACCAUGCCAGAUUGGAAACUUGAUUGCCUGCUUAGAGAUUAUGGUUUGCCCAUCACUGGAGACGUUGAACAGAGAAGGAAGUUUGCCAUGGGAGCUUUCCUUUGGCCCCAUUAA